GUCUUGUGUUGUGUUUUCUCUUCUUUCAACCACGUUUCAUUUCAGUUUUUGUAAUUGUAAAUACGUUCCUAUUCAACUUCUGUACACAUUUACCGUAAAAAUGGAUAGACGAAAAAAGGAAGUUACGAAUAUUGUAAAGAACUUGCAAGAUGAGUGCAAUAUAACUGUGGAAUUGUUGAAUAAACUUUUAUCUAUGUGUCGUUCACAAGCGGACAUAUUUAAAAACCUGGACAAGAAAGACUUUAACUUGGGCACUGGACGUUUUCUAGCGUUCACACAAUUUCAAAAUGGUAUAAUACAAAAACUAUUACAAUUUGAUAUUACUCUCGAGGAAAUGAUUGACGACGUGGAAAGACCAUGUAAUUCAAUUGUGGAUGUGCAAUCGGAGUUAAAUUGUUCUACGGAACAAAGUAAAUUGUCAUUAGAAACGCAACGUGAAAUGUCGGAUGCUAAUACUCAAACAGAUUCGUUAUACGAAAUAAAGUUAGAUAGAAUCAAUGACUUCCUAAAUGAUAUUGGACGAGAGUCGCCUUUGCCUAAGGAAAUUGAUGAUCCCGUUGAAAGUAUUCACAAGGAUGUUGUGACAGGAUCAGUUUCAAGUUCAGAGUACUUUUGCUGUGGGGACGAUACAAAAGUAGAAGGCGAUGUUAGUAACUGUGUUGAAUUGACUGAAUCUGCCCCCAUAGUGAAAUUAGCCGAGGAGGCAACACCUGAUUGCCUUGUUGUUGACUACAAAGAAGAGAUAAUGGACUUUGUCUUAAGUGAAAUACGGGAAUCUGACCCAGUGGAAGUAAAUGAUCUUUGCAUGAUUGGUCACAUAGAGUCUCCUACCGAAUUUUACAUACAAGUGGUUAAUGACAGAAGCAUGCUACUCGAUGAUCUCUCAUAUCUACUAGAAUCAACAGUAAGGGACCACGGUCCAUUUCCGUGCAAACAAGAAGCUAUGGAAAGCUUAGGUAGAUACUGCUGUAUAGAAUUGUGUGAUUAUUGGUAUCGCGUCGAAGUUCUCGAUUGGUCGAUGGAUCGUGCUGAAGACGAGGUCUUAAUUCAGUUGAUUGAUUUUGGAACAACAUAUCAUCAUACAUAUAAAGAUUUACGAUCUCUCUGUCAAGAUGCGUAUCUAUUGCCAAGAAUGGCGCAAUUGUGCCAUUUGGAAGGGGUAUAUCCAAUGAUGCCAGAUGAAAAUGACAAAUGGUCAAACGAAUCUAUUACAUUUUUCAGUGAUAUAUGUGGCGAUCUAGGCAAGUCAGUCUUUCGCAUAACCUACGUUUCUCCCAUAGACGAACGAAAUUCUUACGGAGUCCGCCUUACAAGAAACGAGAGACAGCAAAAUUUAGAUAUUCGACAAACUCUUCUGAACAAAAAUUUUGCCAGUGCCGCCGACAACCAUUCAGUUAUCAAAAAUAACUUUAUUCUUGAUCAAUUACGAUUAUGUCAUGGCUUGCAAGAUCUUCAGGCAGACGCGUCGACGAACGAUCUUCUUGAAAUGUAUUUCAAGCACGUCAAGCUCGUCGAGGCGGGAAAUGUCAACGAGGCGGUAAUGGGUUACGACCCGCGGGACGAAGCCUUAACUUGCAAGAAUUUACGAGCGGACGGCACUUGUUAUAAGGGAAAUGCCUGUAAAUUUCGCCACGUCCCACUUCGAGAUGGCUAUACCAUGGAUAAAGUUCCCGUUUAUCAUAGGGCAUAUGCUGAGCUGCAAAUGCCAGAAGAAAAUGAGGAAAUCACCUUAAGGAUAACCGAAGUCAUUAACAUACAACGUUUCUACGCACAAAUACGGUCUAGCAGUAAUACAUCUAAAUACAGAUCCACCUUAACUCAGCUUAUAAACAUAAUGAACGAACCAGAUACAGCGAAAGCAUAUAAAAAACUACUCCAACCUCCUGGUCACGGUCAGUUGGUAAUAGUCAAACUACCAAAUGAAAAAUGGUACCGGGGUCAAGUCACCUUCGUGAACAUACCCGAGAAUGACAACAACGAGAUCACAGCUAAUGUCUUUGUCGUUGAUUUCGGUAGUACUAUUGUCGCUAGGAUCUCCGACCUAAGAGAAAUGCUCAGGGACUUCUUGUACCUCCCCUUUCAAGCGGUCGAGUGUAGGAUACAUAAUAUUCGACGUAAGAGCGGGGUCGAAGAGUCAGCUGCUACGAAAUACCUCGAAGGUUUAUGCUUGGGUUCAAUGCACACGGCGAGAGUUAUCUCCAGUACGGUGCAAAGCCAUUUGCACGUUCAUUUAUACACUCAAGACGGUGAAGAUGUGAGUGAGAUUAUUAGCGCUAACGGAUACGGCGAACUAGGUACUGAAAGUUACAUACCAAAUGAAGAUGAAAAAUAUUUGAUUGACUAAAAUAGCAAUUGAUUGGUGUUAUUAACAUAAAUAGACAAAUGCGAAAUGACUAUUAUUUGUAUAUGUAAUUAAAAUAUGAAUAAAUUAUUUUUCUCCAGAA